AACUUUUUCCCGGCCAUAAAAUUUUCCCCGGAAACAACCAAAACAUGUCUGUUUUGAAGAGAUCAUAUGGUUAUUCAAAGGUGAAUAAAGAAGACCCAGAUGAGAUAAUCCAUAGACGAGCUCAGUUCUUGAUUUACAAAGUGCUAGAACAAGCUGAUUCUAGAAGAAAACCAUCGUUCUUUCGAAUCAAAUUAUGUAGGCUGAAGCUGAAGAUUGGUAGAAAAUUGAAGAAGUUGAAGAAAACUGCGAUGGUUAGUAUUUCUGGUUUAAGAGUUGAUGUAUACAAACAGGUUUUUAAUCAGUUGAAAACUUGGAGACGAUUGCUUAACCGUGGUGGUAAUGAUCAUGGAACCAUUGCUGCUGCCAUUCAUCGUCCUUUGCUCACUUAAAACAUUUUAUGUAUAUAUAUACAUGCAUAUACUGCUUAUAUAUGUAUAUGCAUAUAUAAGAAUUGAUGAUUUUGUUUUGGUUAAAAAUAGGAGAGUUCUGCUAAAAGAAAAAGAAAAAAGGAGAGUGAUACUGUUGUGAUUUUGGAAUAAUAAGCUUUUUUUCUUUUCUUUUUUUUCUUUUUCAUUUGUGCAAUUUUCCAGCAGGUAUAGCUUUGUAUUAUGUUUAAAAUUGAACAAAAGAUUUAACAGCCGUGAUUUAA